AUUAACGAAGAACUUUCAUAAAUAAAUCUCAGUCUAUCUGAAGCGAUAAACUUUAGCCUUAAAGUACCGUAGCUAACUGUAAUGCCUUUGUUGGUUUCCGAAUAUUUUGACAAUAACAUUCAGACUAUAGUGUAUCGCUGUGUCUAACCACUCUCUUGCGUUUUCCGCGCAGUGUCCAUUUUCAACAUGAUGGAACCAGCCAUCAAGAUCGAAGAGGACAGCACGGACUUUGGAGAGUUUGCGUUCCUGUCCGAGCAGCACCUGAUGGAGGACAUCGCCAGCGCCGUAAAGAAACCGACUACCGGCCCCUCGAGGAAAGUGGUGGGCCGGAAGCGAAAGGUGGACAUUGCGGAACUGUUUCAAAUGUCCACCAGUAGCGUAAGUCAGCGCAACCUGCUCGAGAAACCGUUCCCAAUCGGGUCGGUGCUCGAGCUGAACGAAUUCGAUACGUUGCUCUUGGGCAAUCCUUCAUUCACGGAAAAAUGCGCACAAAUGCUACAUUCCGUCAUUCGGGAUGAGGGUAACACGCUGGACAAUGUAACGUGUCAUAUGCGCUUGCUGUUGGAACAUGCCGUCGAUUACACGGUCAUUCUCCGGUACAGCUGGUAUGGCUUCAUGCCUCGGUCCCCGAUGUCCCGGAGUAGUGGCGAGCAGCACCCAUUUCGAAACUUACUGGGUGUGAUCAGUUUAUUGCAUCGGGCGCGACAGCUCCGGUUUGCCACUUGUAGCCGGGAAGAAAUUAACGAAGGGAUUGAGAAAUUCCUCAAACGAAAGCUUCGGUGCCAUGCGUUGUUUGUGAAGAAGCAGCAGUUGAUAAAACAUUAAAGUGGGAACAUGGGAUUAGGGGUUGCUCUACCCUUUCGGCCAAACACGAGAUUACUAAGUAGGUGCCAAAGUAGAAUUUAGCGUGCAGCGAGUUGAAUGUGUGUGCUACGAACGCUAGAACGAGGUUCGUCGCUAGGUUAGGUGUAAUUCCUCGCUCGCUGAAGUCUCAUUUUUUUAUCUCUAGUCAUAGCACACGUUCCCUGAUUCUGGGGCGCUGUAAGCGAUCAUAUACUCCGUACUAUUAAUACAUAUUUAUUGUGAUUUCAUUGCAUACUAAACAAAACAUUUACCGCGAAGCUGAUUCACAUCGUGUUCGAAACAUCGUGCGGAACGCUUUCAAGGGGGUUUUGCAUUUCGUCGAAUGUGCCAGUUUAUAUCGAGUCUUAUCAUUGUAAGGAAGUACGUAAGGAAACCCCGAAAUAAUUCGUAUGAAUUGUAUAAUAACAAAAAAAUGAUAUGUGAUGACAAUGAUCUGAAAACAAAAAAGAAUUUCCUGUCGUUUCGGAAGCCACGGCCACGUUCGAUGCGAUGUUAAUAUAGUUGCGGACAAAAGAAACCAAAAGUGUGUUUGAAAAGUAAUCUUACUGUUUUCUGGUGAAUUUUGCUCGAGUCCAAAAUGAAUGUUAAAGAAUUCAAUUGAUUUUGAAAUCGACGAUAAUUAAGGCGCACAAUAUAUGACU